UUCUGGGUCCGUUUGAGGAGUUAACACGAAAAGUUAGCUCUUCUAAAGCUAUGGCAGCAGAUGUGAUUCCUGCUGUCACUGUAUUGCAGCGAUUUCUGUCUAGAGAGACCGCGAUGACCAUGGCAUCAAAACUAUGAAAGGGACUUUAGCUGCAGCUGUCAGGAGGCGAUUUUCUGAUGUGGAAGAACAACCCCUCUACAGCAUCGCUACUCUACUCGACCCCAGGUAUAAAAAUCUUUUUUUCUCUAACACCAACACUGCUGCAAAUGCCAAGGAGAUACUGAUGCGUGAGCUGUUGAGGUCAUAUAGAGAAGAGGAGAAUCAUGACCUGCACGAACCUCCUGCCAGAAAACCACGCAGGGAUCAGGCAAGCAGCAGCCUGGACAGUAUAUUUGAUGAAAUAGCAGAUGAGCAAGCACCAGUCUCUCUAAACAGAGCUCAAGUAGGUUCUACUGCACAAUUAGAGACAUACCUAGGGGAGACCACAAUUUCUCGAGAAGACAAACCACUACAAUACUGGGCAGUUAACAAAGUGCGGUUACCUACUCUGGCCAAAAUGGCAUCCAGAUACCUCUCAGCACCAUGCAGUAGUGUUGACAGUGAAACGCUGUUCAGCUCAGUGUCACAUAUUGUGAAUGACGACAGAAACAGAAUCACAGCUGAUCAUGCAGAGAUGAUUUUGUUCAUCAAAAAGAACCUGCCUCUCAUUCUCCCAAAAAGUACCUAA